AUGUAGAGUUUAUGAAAAAUCGGUGAAACAACAGAGGAGGCAAUAUGGCACUUACUUGGACUCAUAAAGACAGAGGAGAAAUUCGGGUUCAUGAGAAUUUGGAGGAACUAAGCAUAGACUUGGUUGAUUAUAUAGCUGAGAUAUCAGAAGCAUCAAUUAAAGAACAUGGUGCUUUCUGCAUUGUGUUAUCAGGAGGCUCUCUCAUUAGCUUCAUGGGAAAAUUGAUCGAGCCGCCUUACGACAAGAUUGUCGAUUGGGCGAAAUGGUAUGUUUUCUGGGCGGAUGAGCGUGUGGUAGCUAAGAGUCAUGACGAUAGCAACUACAAGCUCGCCAAGGAUAAUCUCCUCUCCAAGGUAAAUGUGUUUCCGAGACAUAUAUGUUCCAUUAACGACACAGUUUCGGUGGAGGAAGCUGCAACAGAGUAUGAAUUCGCCAUCAGACAGAUGGUGAGAACACGAACCGUGGCUGCGUCAGACAACAGUGACAGUCCCAGGUUUGAUCUGAUCUUGCUUGGGAUGGGCUCAGAUGGGCAUGUAGCCUCGCUCUUCCCCAACCACCCAGCACUUGAGAUGAAGGACGAUUGGGUUACGUUCCUAACCGACUCUCCUAAACCGCCACCAGAGAGAAUCACAUUCACUUUGCCCGUCAUUAACUCAGCUGCUAACGUUGUUGUCGUAGCAACCGGCGAAUCCAAAGCCAAUGCUAUGCACUUAGCAAUCGAUGAUUUACCCUUACCAGAAAGCUCUCUGUCUCUGCCUGCAAGGCUGGUCCACCCGAGCAAAGGGAAUCUGAUUUGGUUUGUGGAUAAACCAGCAGGGUCAAAACUCGAGAGGUUUAAAUUUUCCGAGUAGGAUUUAGAUUUUUCUUCUUUGAUUCAAAAGCAAUUGGUUAUUGUUAUCAGUGAUGAACCUUUUUGAAUGAAGAGCAUCCGGUUUG